AUGAAGAACACAGAAGGAAAUGGAAUGAACGAAGAGUCGGGAGUCCCAGAGACACCAACACCUUCACCACCGAUGUCGGCUCAAACGUUUCCAAGGCUAGCGGCGAUGAAUACGGGCGUAGCCAUUGCAGCGCGUCUGCAUCAGGGUACCCGUAGCCUUGGUCCCACUCUGUUGGAGAGAGCGCAGGGUGGUAGAGCCGUUGAGGCUCGCGACUUUGCGAAGCGACGUGUCAAAUCGGAAUGA